AAUUUAGCCAUAAGAUUUCUCUAGUUAGAUUCUAAAAUUUAGUUUAGUUUCUUUGAGUUAGCUUUAAGGAAUAGACUAAAAUAAGUUUAAUAUCAUGGAAGACGUGUUGAAUAUUUUAAAUAAGAAAUUAAUCUCAACGAAUAAUCAUAAAAAAUGUGUUGAAGAAUAUUCUUUAUUAAAAACUGAUCAAGAACGAAUAAUCUUUACUUUAAAUCUUCUUCAAACAUAUAAUAUUUCAAAGAAUUUUAAAUGUAAUGAAGAAAAAAGUGUUUGUAAAUCAAGAGAAUUUAACGAUAAGGGGAAUAAACUUUUAUUAACACCAACUUCGGAAUUAAAUUUGGAUUGUAUUAUUGAUUUUUAUACAAAAAGUGUAGCCUAUGCACCUCUAGCCUCACAAGAGUUAGCUUUUGCUUAUGCAAAUAGGUCAACGGCAUUGUUUAAAGCUGGAUUAUAUGAAGAUUGUAUCGUAGAUAUUAAUCGAGCAUUGGAUUUAGAUUAUCCUAAUAAAUGGAAAGCUAAACUUUUAUCUCGAAAAGUUCGAUGUUUGGUGAUUUUAACAUCUGAUUCAAUGCCAAAAACAUCAAAUGAGUUUAUAAAAAUCAAAGAACCAUCAAUAGAAUUAUUAGAAAUACAAAAAACUAUUGAACAAACUCGAAAAUGGCUUAUAGAAAUGGAUCCGAAUGAUACUAGUAGAAAAAUAGUAGAAAAAACAAUCAAUGAUCCAUUAACGAUAGCAACUUCUGUUAGAAAACCCUUUAAAAAAUUACCUGAUGAACGUAACUGUCCAGAUAUUAUUAAAAAUAAUCCAGAAAUACCAGGAGCUUCAUCAGCAGUUGAAAUAAAAUAUUCAGAAGAUUUUGGGAAACAUGUUAUAGCAACUAGAGAUAUCAAGCCAGGAGAAAUCUUGGCCAUUCAAGAAUCUUAUGCAUCUGUUUUAGUUUUAGAAAAAUUUUAUACUCAUUGCUGGAAUUGUUUGAAACAAACUUGGACAGGAAUUGGUUGUAAAAAUUGCGUAAAUGUUGUUUUUUGUUCUGAAUUGUGUAGAAAAGUAGCUUGGCGUGAGUAUCAUGAUUUAGAAUGUGGAUUAAUAGGUCUUUUAAUUGAUUUAGGAAUAAAUAACUUAGGGAUAUUAGCAUUGAGAUUAGCCAUAAAAGCAUUCAAAGAAGCUAGAAACCUACAAGUCUUAAAAAAAUUAGUCACGGAGAUUGAUUCAAAGUCAGAUAGAAGAACGCAAGGUUUUACAAAUAAUAUUUUAGAUGAUACAAAGUACGCAAGUAUUUAUACCCUGGCGAAAAAUACUAGCAAAAGGUCAGUUCCAGAUCUUUUCGGAAGAUCACUCAAUGCUUCUUUCAUUCUUUAUAUUCUCGCAAAAAAUACCAAAAUAUUUGGAGACAAAUUUAGUGAUGAUUGGGGAGUCUUGAAAAAUGAUGAAGAAGCAACCUUUUUAGGAGGUUUAAUAAUGCGACAUUUACAAAUAAUUCCAAGUAAUGUUCACAGUGUGACAGAGGAAAAUUUACAAACAAAAGAACCAGUUGAAAGGGCUGCUGCAAUGAUGCCUUUUUAUAGUCUUUUUAAUCACAGUUGUAAUCCUAUGGUGGAACGACUGUCAUUUGGCAAUAAAAUAAUACUUGUUGCUGUAUCUCGGAUAGCCAAAAAUCAACAAAUAUUCGACAAUUAUGGCUUCCAUUAUGCUAUAACUCCAAAAGAAUUAAGAACACAAAAAUUAAAACAACAAUAUUAUUUUGAUUGCUGUUGUGAGGCUUGCGAAAACAAUUGGCCUCUCUACGGACAUUUUGGUUCUUACAUUGAUCAAAAAUUGCGAAAAGAAGUUAAGAAAAAAAUUAGCAAUGCUUUGAAAAAGUUCGAUGGUAUUUACGCAUAUGCUAGUAAAGGUGAAGUCGAAAGUGAUGAUAGUUUAAAAGCAAUGAAAAAUUUGAUACAAAUGUUAGAAAUUCUGUAUGAAUGUGUUUCUUUGCCAUGUAUAGAAGUAAAUAAGGUACUUGAAACUUGGAAAAGAAUUUACUCUUUACGAGGAAAUCGAUUAUUAUCAAUUAAUUAAUUUCUAUGAAUAAAUAUUGUUGAUUU